AUGCUGUUGAAGGUCCUGGCGCAGCUGCUGCUGGUGGCCACUACGUUCGUUGAAGGUGAUCCAGUGUACUACAACUGUGCCAACGUCAAUCCAUGCACAACGGCGAAUGCAGCUCUCAAUCGCUUCUAUUUCACGCAUUCCGAUCCCAAAAAUUUUGUGCAAUGCGACAACUCGCAGAACUGCUUCAUACAAACCUGUGCUCUUGGAACCAACUGGAACCAAAACUACCUGACGUGUGUGCGCACUGCAUCGAGUAGCGGCGACAACGCUGUGAACGGAAGCUGUUUCUCUACUGCUGGCAAGUACAACUGCGGCAACAGGAACCCGUGUACAGUGGCGAAUGCUAAUCAAAACAAGUUUUAUUUCCCGUUCGACGAUGUUUACCAUUUUGUUCAAUGCGAUGCUUUCCAGCAGUGUUUCGUUAUGCCAUGUGCUCCGGCAACUGUUUGGGAUCAGUCGGCUCUCACUUGCAACCAUCCAUCAGCGGUUGCAAACAGUGGCAGUAGUGGCAGCAGUUCUAACGGUCAGAACCUGUACGUCAACUUUUUUCCUAAGCACAACUGCUACGAUAGAAACCCGUGCACAGUCAGCAAUGCUCGCAUGAACAACUUUUACUUCUCCAACGACAACCCAAAAAUGUUUGUUCAAUGUGACCAGUAUCAACAUUGCUAUUUAAGACCGUGUGCCAUCGGAACAGUUUGGGAUCAGAGAGCUUUAACGUGUAACUUUCCAUAUCUCAUUGCUGACGUAUUUGGAAAUUAUUGCAACGUCACUGAUAAUCACGUCAACAACAACAACAACCAGAACGAUAGAGACCCUUGCACACACAACUGUGGUGAUCGCAACCCUUGCACAAAAAGCAACGCGCUGAGAGGUCAGUACUAUUUCGCUUCUGACGAUUCUGACCAUUUCGUGCAAUGUGAUGACUUCCAAAAAUGUUACGUCAUGCCCUGCGCACCUGGAACGCACUGGGACCAAUCCAUCCUCACUUGCGAUCACGAUGGCACAACGAACGGCAGUACAAACAACCAACAAACUUCCAACACAUACAACUGCCACGAUAGAAAUCCAUGCACCGUCGCAAAUGCUCAGCUAAACAAAUUCUACUUUUCAUACGAUGAUUCAAAAUUUUUUGUCCAAUGCGACAACCUCCAGAAAUGUUUCAUCAGGCCCUGUGCUCCUGGAACCGUGUGGGACCAGACUGUUCUGACCUGCAACUAUGCUAAUUUUAUUGGAACUGGCAACAACUCCACUGGAUCAAGUCCAUCAGGAUCAAGUGAUAAAUAUAAUUGUUAUGACAGAAAUCCGUGCACAGUAUCUAAUGCAAAUUUAAACAAAUUUUAUUUCACUUACGACGAUCCGAAAUAUUUUGUCCAAUGUGAUAACUCUCAAAGAUGCUUCAUCAAACAGUGCGCUCUUGGAACUGUUUGGAGUCAAACGGCUAACACCUGCGUCAGAAAUGGUAAUGGUCAAUCUGGGACUUCUUCUGGUACAUGUCCAAGUCUGGUUGGUAAAUAUAACUGUGCUGAUAGGAAUCCUUGCACUGUGGCAAAUGCAAACAAGAACAAGUUCUACUUCCCUUACGAUGACGUUCAUUACUUCGUUCAGUGCGAUAACUUGCAACAGUGUUUUGUCAUGCCAUGCGCUCCAGGAACGGUGUGGGAUCAGUCGGUUACAGUUUGCAAUUUUCCAUCAAACGUCAAUAGCAGCAGUAGCAGCAACAAUGCGAACACUGCCGUCGCCUCAACCCCAAAAUAUAACUGCCUACACAGAAACCCCUGCACUCUUCAGAAUGCCGCUGAGAAGAAGUUUUAUUUUGCUUACGAUGAACCAACACAUUUUGUGCAAUGUUCUGAAUAUCAGCAGUGCUUUGUUAUGCCUUGUUCUGAAUCAACUGUUUGGAAUCAAGCUGUCCAAACGUGCACUCAUUCCAACGGUUACAUGAACGACAGCACUUCUUCAUGCGGAUCGUCUGGAAACUCAGUUGGCACAAACAACUGCGCAGAUCGCAAUCCUUGUACAAAAGAAAAUGCAGCACUAGGAAAGUUUUAUUUCACUCACGACAAUCCACGUCAAUUUGUUCAGUGUGACGACUUCCAAAGAUGUUUUGUCAUGCCUUGCGCUCCUGCAACUGUCUGGAGUCAGUCGGUCCACACUUGCAUUCGACCAACAGGUAAUGGUAACUCGAACGGAAACGGCAGCAGUUCAAGUGGCGGUUCAAACAACACUUUCAAUUGUCAAAAUAAUAAUCCGUGUACCAAGGCAAAUGCAGCUCAAGGUAAUUAUUACUUUACGUACGAAAAUCCAUACUUCUUUGUUCAGUGUGACGAUUUCCAAAAAUGUUUUGUGAGACCUUGCGCACCAGAUACUAAAUGGAGUCAAAACGUUGAAACUUGCAUUAGAAUUACUAACCAAGGAUCAACCGGGUCAACUGGGUCCACAGGGUCAACUGGUUCCACUGGAUCAACCGGAUCAACCGGAUCCAACAAGUACAACUGUCUCGAUAGAAACCCUUGCACACAAUCAAACAUUGCUCUGAAUCUUUUCUAUUUUACUUACGACGAUCCAUCGUACUUUGUCCAGUGUGAUGCUUUCCAAAGAUGCUUCAUCCGACCUUGCGCUCCUAGGACAGUCUGGAGUCAAUCUGCUUACACUUGCGUUCGUUCCCCUGGAGAUAUCAACGGCGGUAGUGAUUGCUACAAAAACACUUAUGACUGCGACACAAACAAUCCAUGUACUCCUUACAACGUGCUCAAUAAUCGCAAAUAUUAUUUUCCACACGGUGAUUCUCGUAAGUACGUAAAAUGUGAGACGGACUAUACCUGCUCCGUUAAAAAUUGUUCGAACUCCGUGUGGGAUCAAUCGGCUCUAUCCUGCAACUAUCAGCGUUACACCUGUGACCAACCCAACCCGUGCACUGAUGCCAAUAUACAGGCCAACAAACUCUAUUUCCCUCACGUAAAUGGCCGCAAAUUUGUUCAGUGUAGUCAAUGGAAACAAUGUUUUGUGAUGGAUUGUGCGGCUGGAUUGGUCUGGGGUGUUCAAGAAAACACUUGCAUCUCUCCUCCUUUUAGUUACGCUUGA